UCUCCCGAAGUCUCCACCUCCACCUCGUUCUAUUCGGUCGCUCAUCUCUCUCAUCCCUAUCUGCACAGGUCCCGCCCCUCCUUACUUUUCUUCCCUCCUCUGACCUCCAUGGGGACCAGCGCUGCCCAAAUUUCCCCGCCCCCGGGUUCCGGUGAGGGCUGCGGCGAUCCACGACUGUUGGGCUUCUUUUCCUACGGGGCUGGGGAAUUGGGAGAUGCUCCUGCUGCUGCCAGUCAUGGGGGAUACAUGUUCAGACGGGAGAUGAUGAACCGGGCAAUGCACGCCGCGGCGAGGGGCGGCGACCUGGAGAUCCUCAGGGAGCUCCUGCAGGGUUGCUCCAUUGCCGUUGCGUACCAGGACGCCCAAGGCGCCACCAUCUUAAAUGUUGCGGCUUCAAGGGGCCAAGUUGAGAGAGAUGGCCAAGGACCCGCCGGCGUCCAGACCCCCUCCACACCAUCCCCAUCUCGCCAAAGACCUGCACCAAGUCUCGUCCAGCGCCCGCGCCACCCUCGACCCCCGCCCCGCAGCUCUGCAGCCCCGAGCGCUUCAGCCGCCUCGCACCCGAAGUAGAGGAGAGGAGCUCCCUGCCACGAGCCUCCCUAGUGCCAGCAAACCAGCAGGCCGACCCCGCCUCCUUCUCGCUUCCCUUCUCCUUCCUUUUGCCUCCUGCGGCAUGGUCGCCGUCCCGUGUCCGGCGGUGGGGAAGGCAAAUGGAUAAGGCAGUUUAAUUAAAUACCACGGGUGUAAUUAUAACUAAUAUAGGGGUGUUUUUGUAAAAACAAAGCGUUCUCUCAUAUUUCCACUUAAAGUAGGACUGCGGGUUGAAUUCUGAAAAACAAAGGGGCUUUUCUGCAAAAGUGCCCGACGUACGACCAGAAGCAGUAGCUGCUUUAUUAGUAGGUAAAGAUUUACUCCUUUAUAAAGGAUGUUUUUUAUUGAAUAAUAAUGUAGCAUCCAGGGAUAUAAUC